AUGCUGCGCUCAUGGUCGUCUGGUCUCGGCUCCAAACUCUCCACCGCUACCACCACACCUACCGACUCUGACGCUGACGACAUCGCCCUCGAAAUCGAGCAGCGCAAGAAGGGCAUCGACAGCCUGUACACCUCCACCGAAGCAUACUGGUCCUACCUCGGCAAGCGGAAACCCAUUCCGUUCGACACCUCCUCCCUCCCCGCCUCCGAGGACAAGAUCGAAAAGGUGCUGCCCGUCGAAGCACUCGGUCUGGCGAUGAGCUCCUACUCCACCGCUUUCCCACCGCACUCGACGUACGGCUCCUGCCUCGGGUUGCUCGGCGAAGCGCAUCUCGAGCUGGGCGCUCUCCAAUCCACAUUCACAAAGGACACUUCGCGCAUCUUCCUCGCCAGGAUCGCACGCUCCAAAGCCACACUCGAGAGCUUCACCGCCGCACUGAAAAAGUUGGACGCAGCCAGCGCUCGUUUGGAUUCAGCAAAGGCGAAAGUUCAGAAGAGUAAGAAGGAAAAACGAGAGUUGGAGGAGGAGUUCAGGUCGGCACAGGCGGGGUACGAUGAAGCGGUGGCGGAUGUGGAGAAGAGGGAGGAGGCGGUGAGGGAGUCGGAGGGGGAGGAUUGGGUUUGUCUGACCAAGUACCUGGAGGCGCAGAUGGAGUACGUGAUGCAGGCGAGGGGUGUGUUGGAGCAGGUCAAGGCGAGAUGGAGCGAGGCGCCGGCCGCGUUGGCGACGCCGAUGACUCGGCCGAGGUCGUCGUCCUCGGUGGCUCUGAAGACGAGGCCGGCCAUCUCCCGCAGAUCGUCAGCGAAAGAGGCAGUCGAAGGGGAGACGAGUCGCUUCGCAAGCCAGUCGACCCUCAGCCUGUCCAACAGCGACCGUCCGUCGACCGAGACCGACUCGGAAAACCCAAAGAAGAACCGCCUCCGAAUGCCAUCUUUCACCAACACAAAGGGUACCGAUUCGGUGUCGUCCAAGACAACGUCGUCGUUUAGUCGCACGAGGGCGAGCAGCUUGUUCGGUAGUGGAGAGACGAGUCCGGACAAAGACAAGUGGGGGUUUGGGAGGAAAAAAGGGGCAGGGUUUGUGAGCAUGGACGGGGAUGCGGAGGAGGGUGGUGCGCCGCCGAGGCUGCCGGUGAGACCGAAGGAGGGGCCAGGGAUGAGGUUCAGCGUCGAUGGGUCGGACGACGGCAUGUCGAGCGAAUCGCCUUUCUCGCCGGCUACUGGGUCGGACGGCUUCCUCGCCGUAUCCAGAGCCCACGAUACGAUCCACGAACGCGGCGAAUCGCAGUUGAGCGACAUCCACACAGACCACUUCCUCACCUCGCCUCCCGUGGGUCUGCACCACACGGGGCUCUCGGCCUACAGCGAAGGCGGGGAUCCCUUCAGCGGCGGUGCCAUGUCCCCGCAGGGCACCGGUGGACAGUUCGACAGUGACGAUGAGGAGGCGGGAGAGAGGCAGCGCCUGACCGUCGGCGGUGGUGCCAGAGCGGAUAAUGCGGGUGGGUGGAGGGGUGUGAUGAGCGAGAUGGUCGAGAGUGGAGGCGUGAAGGGGAGACUGCCGCCGCCGGUCCCGGGGUACGUGAAGGGCAGGAGUAGGACGCCACCGCCGCCUCCGCUGCCUUCUAGAAACAGUUCUUAG